AUCCAAGGUGCAGCAGCUGAGCAUUCCAAAUUCUGGAACCACCAGAAAGGCUGGCCUGUCUUCAGCAUGGGAUCUUCUGGACUUUUGAGCCUCCUGGUGCUAUUCAUCCUCUUAGCGAAUGUCCGGGGACCUGGUCUGACUGAUUGGUUAUUUCCCAGGAGAUGUCCCAAAAUCAGAGAAGAAUGUGGAUUCAAAGAAAGGGAUGUGUGUACAAAGGAUAGACAAUGCCAGGACAACAAGAAGUGUUGUGUCUUCAGCUGCGGAAAAAAAUGUUUAGAUCUCAAACAAGAUGUAUGCGAAAUGCCAAAAGAAACUGGCCCCUGCCUGGCUUAUUUUCUUCGUUGGUGGUAUGACAAGAAAAAUAAUACUUGCUCCAUGUUUGUCUAUGGCGGCUGCCCGGGAAACAAUAACAACUUCCAAUCCAAAGCCAACUGCCUGAACACCUGCAAGAAUAAACGCUUUCCCUGAUUGGAUAAGGAUGCGCUGGAAGAGCCACCAGAAUGUGGCUCAUGCUCUGAGGACUGUUCGUGUCCCUGAUUGAUGCUCCAGAUUGGCUUCCAGUUUCGCUCUCAGCAUUCCAAGAUCUUAGCCCUUCCCAAAACAGAACCCUUGCAUCUACCUCCUCUUCCUCCAUCUUUGGCUCUUUUGAUGCACAAUAUCCUUCCGUUUUGAUUUCAUCGUUAUGUCGCCUUUAUCUCCAACUUCUAGAGCUCCCAGUUUAUACCUGUGUCACUCUCAAUUUUUUCCAAUAAAGUACUUGAUGUAGUCCUGUGCC